AUGCCAAAACUGUACGUAAAGGCAGCCGUGAUCGGAGCCGGCAUGUCGGGUCUUGUUGCAAGCAGGGAGCUCCGCUGUGAGGGGCACCAAGUGGUGGUGUUCGAGAGUAGCAAUGAUAUCGGCGGCACGUGGCUGUAUGACCCUCGGGUCGAAUCCGAGCCACUGGGGUUGGAUCCGGGCCGCGAUGUUGUCCAUGCCAGAACAUACCGGUCGCUCCGGGUGAACGUGCCAAGGCAACUCGCGGGUUUCUUGGACUACCCAUUUCUUGAGAAGGGGUGCGGCGACCCGAGGAGCUUCCCGGGUCUCGAGGAGGUGCUCCAGUUCUUGCGCGGCUUUGCGGAGGAUUUCAGGCUAAUUGAGUUGAUUCGGUUCAGGCACAAAGUGGUUCGGGUCGAGCAAACCGUUGAGGGAAGGCGGGACCAGUGGGCUGUGGAGUGGCAGACGCGCGGUGGGGAGGAGGCCGCGGCGGGCGUGGAUGUUUUUGAGGCUGUGGUUGUUUGUAAUGACAACCACAACCAACCAAAGAUUGCCGAAUUUCCAGGGAGGUCAACAUGGCCCGGAGAACAAUUCCACAGUCAUAACUAUCGUGCUCCCAAGCCAUAUAAAGAUAAGGUAUGA